AGCCCUCCCGCGCGCUCAGCCCGGUCCCAGCCGCUCCACAGGGGCUCGUGCCACAGACAGUCGGAGUGUGGACGCAGGGGGAUGCGUUCGUGAGGACCACCGCAGUUUAUUGAGUGGAAGUGUUCGUAGCCACCAUUCCCUCUCGGCGCGCCUCCGCGGACUGCGCGCCGUCCAUCUAUUCCGGGAGGAAGCGGGCGCUGCUGGUCGCGGUCUGUGUGUCCGUGAUGGUCCUGUUGGCGGUGGUCAUCGCGGUCCCUCUGUUCAUGUUGCGCUCCACCGAGAGCUCGGCGCACUAUUACGAGAUGAUGGGCACGUGCCGAAUGGUGUGUGACCCCUACAGCGCCAAACCGGGGGGCGCAACAGCCAUGAAGCAGAGUGCCAACGCGCUGCCACAGCCUCCUAUGGCGCAGGGGACCCGCGGGGAACCGGGCAGACCGGGGAAACCUGGACCCAGAGGACCACCAGGCGAGCCGGGACCACCGGGGCCACCGGGACCCAGGGGCCCGCCGGGAGAAAGGGGCCCCAAACUGUCCGUACCAACUUUAACAACCGGGACAGCGGAUACCACUGAGAGCGACCAGAACUCGUCCACCAACCCUUUACGCAUCGCAUUUUAUGUUGGUCUGAAGAAUCCCCACGAGGGCUACGAGGUGCUAAAGUUCGACGACGUGAUCACAAACCUGGGAAACCACUACGACGCGAGCACUGGCAAGUUCACGUGCCAGGUGCCCGGGAUGUACUUCUUCACCUACCACGUGUUGAUGCGCGGAGGAGACGGCACCAGUAUGUGGGCAGACCUGUGCAAGAACGGACAGGUCAGAGCCAGUGCCAUCGCGCAGGACGCGGACCAGAACUACGACUACGCCAGUAACACUGCGCUGCUGCACUUGGACUCUGGAGACGAGGUGUACGUCAAACUGGACGGAGGCAAAGCGCACGGAGGCAAUAACAACAAGUACAGCACCUUCUCCGGCUUCAUCCUGUAUCUGGACUGACCACUGGACAACACACAGUACAUGGACUUAUGUUACAGAAAAGUGUAUAGGCUUCUCUUGUUUAAAAUGACAUUAUAUU